AAUUAUGAUAAAUAUGCAAGAUGGCGACUCUUCGCUGUGUAUUUAUCAUCUUCCUUGCUUCAUCUUUGAUCUUACAGAUUUCGGGUGAGAAUAACGAAGGGUAUGGUGUUCUUCACGCGACUACAUCGGAAAACUCCGCCGAUUUUUGUGUUAUGUUUAAUCCUAACUGGGGAGAUCCUUGGCCUACAGAGCUCGCUAAAACGCCAAAAUACCCAACAGUAAAUGCUGACCCCUCAUUGCUGUGUGGUAAACCCAAGUCAUCCCAGGAGUACUUCAACAAGGCUGUCAUUGGAGAGAGGGGGAACUGUACUUUUUUUGAAAAGGGGAUAAAUGCCUUAAAUGGUGGGGCACUGGCUGCAAUCAUUAUCAACUACCAGAACAAAGUGUUUAUGCCAGCAGGAAAUGAAUCUGCUGGUGAAUAUGAACAGCUAACAAUACCCGUUGCUGUACUUGCCAAAGACAAUGGGCAAACUCUCAAGGGCCUUGGAAAAGAUGUAACAGUGCAGCUCUACCAGCCUCCUGGCCAACCUUUUGAUGCAAACAUCAUUGUGCUCUGGAUCUUGGCCGUCGGCACUGUUGCUAUUGGUGCAUAUUGGGCAGGGAUCUCAAACAAAAGAAUUUUUGCCGGACAAGUGCUCCAGCACAACGAAGGUGAAGGGGAGGAGGACAGCAGUGAUGGCAUGAUACAAGUCACCCCGCUCAUGGUUCUCAUCUUUGUGCUGCUCAUCUGUGGUCUUCUUCUCUUGCUGUUCUACUUCUAUAAGUAUCUGGUCUAUGUCAUCAUUGUUCUCUUUGCGCUGGCAUCAUGCAAUGGAUUGUUUGACUGUCUGAUGCCUUUGAUAUUAUGGCUCCCACUGGGCAGCUGCAAGAUACCAGCAAAUAAUUUGCCAUUGCUGAAGAAACAGCCAGAGGUCCGUCUUAUUGUACUGGCUUUGUUCUGUAUGGGAAUGUCAAUUUGGUGGGGGAUUGAGAGAAAUGCCAGCUAUGCCUGGGUUCUGCAAGAUAUUCUAGGGGUGUCAUUCUGCAUCAGCUUGAUCAGGAAUAUCCGCUUGCCUAGCCUUAAGGUGUGCACCAUCUUACUGGUGCUACUGCUUAUCUACGACAUAUUUUUUGUCUUUAUCACUCCUUUGUUCUCCGCCAGUGGCAAGAGUGUCAUGGUUGAGGUUGCUACAGGAGGUGACCACAAGGAGCAGUUGCCCAUGGUGCUGAAGAUCCCACGCCUGACCAAGUCUGUCCUGUCCGUGUGUGCCCGGCCAUACUCCCUCUUGGGUUUUGGCGACAUUCUUGUUCCAGGACUGUACAUUGGGUUCUGUCAUUCAUUUGAUACCAUAUCAAAGACACCAAGAAAGAUAUAUUUUGUUGCUACAACAAUAGCAUAUGGUGUGGGGCUACUUAUCACAUUUGGGGCCCUGUUCCUAAUGAAGACUGGCCAGCCAGCCCUGCUGUAUUUGGUGCCUUGCGUCUUGUUAACUGGGGUAGCCAUCGCAUUGUACCGAGGAGAGCUGAAAAAACUUUGGACUGGCAAAAUGGGGCAAGAAAGACAAUUGAGGCCACCUCCUUUAACAUCAGACAGUGAGGAAGAAAUUCUUGACAGAACUACUAGACCUAAAGCAGAAGCCUCACAUGAAACAGAAAGACUUCUGUCAAAGACUGGGGAAGAUGUCCAUCCAAAUUAAGUAGAGAAUAGGUGAAAAUGACAAUAUAGGAAUAAUUGUUAAUCAAAUGAUGAUUACUCUCAGAAAAGGCUGUACUUAGUAGUUAUUGUCAAUGGGAAAAAGGGAAAUGGGGGAGCCUUAUUUUUUAGAAAGAUUUGUUGUGUAUUUUCAGGUGCUCAGCAAUAACAAGAUAAAUGGUAUCACUCCUUUACAAUUUUUCUCAAACAGUUGCCAUUGAUGCUUUGAUCAUAGGCAUAGAUGCAUGUGCACUCAUUUGAAGAUGGGUCAAAUCUAUACCUUGGCACUAAAUCUAUCAUUUUUAGAGCACCUGAACUACUGUAUUCCUUACUGUGGAACCUGGUGUGGAAGGUGUACAGUAAAGGAACAAAAGAAAAAGGGUUUGUGAGUUUGAGAAGUGAUUUGAAACAAUAAUUUCCUGUACAUACAUAAGGUAGAUAAUGUGAUUAAUACACACAUCUAUAAUAUAUAAUUUUGCAUUAUGUAAUGGUAUUGGGUUCAGUUCUUUUCAAAGUAAUGUUAAGGUUUGAUAGUUUGUGUAAGGUUUUUGCAUGUUCAGCUGACAUUUGCAGGAAAUAGGGAUCAGAAAAAAAAUAAAUUUUUUAAAACACCUUACAAAUGCCCAUUUCAAAUUCAUUGUUAUUUAUUUUUGUUAAGUAGUGAAAAUUAUAACAUCUAUUCUAUAUAUCUACAUCUAAAUUAGUGCACAUCAGUGAUCGCAUGCUGGCCAUGCACUCGUCUAGGUGGGGUAUCUUUUGUUUACCCCUCAAUACAAGUAGUAGGGUAGAGUAUCCUUUAAAUAGACAACUAGUAUUGACUGGGAUCAAAGCAUUCACUAAAAUUUGAUUUUCAUUAAAAAGGAAACUACUACAAAAAAAGAGUACUGUCACAAAUUAUGAAAACUUACAAAUGUAUAGAAAAAAACCAUGUAAAUGAUGAUAAGGUGUGUUAAAGUUUCCGUGUUUAUAUAUAUUAGAAAUAUAUAUUAGAAAUCUGGUGCCCGAAAUAAAUAUUCAUUCAAAAACAA